GCGGCAAAGCCUGGCCUGGAUCUGCGCCCAUCAAGGGCUGUGGGCCUAGGGACAGUUCUCAAAGCCUCUUUGGCUCAGACUGCUCCCAGAGGGCAUCCAGGCUGGCUAAGCGUUCUUCACUUUACGGGUCCGGGAGGAAUGGCUGAUGGAGGCGCUGAUUCGGCAGGGCAAAGACUUCCAGAAGGCCCAGGCAGAGCAGUUCCAGGCACGGGACCUGGAAGAAUAGCCUUUUCCUCUUCCGAGCAGCCCGCCCGGUGCCACUCUGCACCCAAGGACCCUCCUGGCUUCAGGCUUGGAGGGAAAGGGGAGAAGUGGUUCCGUCUUGCUGGGCCGGGACCUGGGGGCUCCUGCCGGAUCCAUGGGGGCGGCCAGCUGCGAGGAUGAGGAGCUGGAGUUUAAGCUGGUGUUCGGGGAGGAAAAGGAGGCCCCCCCGCUGGGCGCGGGGGGGUUGGGGGAAGAACUGGACUCAGAGGAUGCCCCACCAUGCUGCCGUCUGGCCUUGGGAGAGCCCCCUCCCUAUGGCGCUGCACCUAUCGGUAUUCCCCGUCCUCCACCCCCUCGGCCUGGCAUGCAUUCGCCACCGCCGCGCCCAGCCCCCUCACCUGGCACCUGGGAGAGCCAGCCCGCCCGGUCGGUGAGGCUGGGAGGACCAGGAGGGGGUGCUGGGAGUGCUGGGGGUGGCCGUGUUCUCGAGUGCCCCAGCAUCCGCAUCACCUCCAUCUCUCCCACGCCCGAGCCGCCCGCAGCGCUGGAGGACAACCCUGAUGCCUGGGGGGACGGCUCUCCUAGAGAUUACCCCCAACCAGAAGGCUUUGGGGGCUACCGAGAGGCAGGGGGCCAGGGUGGGGGGGCCUUCUUCAGCCCGAGCCCUGGCAGCAGCAGCCUGUCCUCGUGGAGCUUCUUCUCCGAUGCCUCUGAUGAGGCAGCCCUGUAUGCGGCCUGUGACGAAGUGGAGUCUGAGCUAAAUGAGGCGGCCUCCCGCUUUGGCUUGGGCUCCCCACUGCCCUCGCCCCGGGCCUCCCCUCGGCCAUGGACCCCCGAAGAUCCCUGGAGUCUGUAUGGUCCAAGUCCCGGAGGCCGAGGGCCAGAGGAUAGCUGGCUACUCCUCAGUGCUCCUGGGCCCACCCCAGCCUCUCCCCGGCCUGCCUCUCCAUGUGGCAAGCGGCGCUAUUCCAGCUCGGGAACCCCAUCGUCGGCCUCCCCAGCUCUAUCCCGCCGUGGCAGCCUGGGGGAAGAGGGAUCUGAGCCACCUCCACCACCCCCAUUGCCUCUGGCCCGGGACCCUGGCUCUCCUGGUCCCUUUGACUAUGUGGGGGCCCCACCAGCUGAGAGCAUCCCUCAGAAGACACGGCGAACUUCCAGCGAGCAGGCGGUGGCUCUGCCUCGGUCUGAGGAGCCUGCCCCAUGCAAUGGGAAGCUGCCCUUGGGAGCAGAGGAGUCUGUGGCUCUUCCAGGAGGUCCCCGGAAGGAGGUGGCUGGCAUGGACUACCUGGCAGUGCCCUCCCCACUCGCGUGGUCCAAGGCCCGGAUUGGGGGACACAGCCCUAUCUUCAGGACCUCUGCCCUGCCCCCUCUGGACUGGCCUCUGCCCAGCCAAUAUGAGCAGCUGGAGCUGAGGAUCGAGGUGCAGCCUAGAGCCCACCACCGGGCCCACUAUGAGACAGAAGGCAGCCGUGGAGCUGUCAAAGCUGCCCCUGGUGGUCACCCUGUAGUCAAGCUCCUAGGCUAUAGUGAGAAGCCACUGACCCUACAGAUGUUCAUCGGCACUGCAGAUGAAAGGAACCUGCGGCCUCAUGCCUUCUAUCAGGUGCACCGUAUCACAGGCAAGAUGGUGGCCACGGCCAGCUAUGAAGCCGUAGUCAGUGGCACCAAGGUGCUGGAGAUGACUUUGCUGCCUGAGAACAACAUGGCGGCCAACAUUGACUGUGCGGGAAUCCUGAAGCUUCGGAAUUCAGACAUUGAGCUUCGGAAGGGUGAGACGGACAUCGGGCGCAAAAAUACACGUGUGCGGCUGGUGUUCCGGGUACAUGUGCCCCAGGGCGGCGGGAAGGUCAUCUCAGUACAGGCAGCAUCGGUGCCCAUCGAGUGCUCCCAGCGCUCAGCCCAGGAGCUGCCCCAGGUGGAGGCCUACAGCCCCAGUGCCUGCUCUGUGAGAGGAGGCGAGGAACUAGUACUGACUGGCUCCAACUUCCUGCCAGACUCCAAGGUGGUGUUCAUUGAGAGGGGUCCUGAUGGGAAGCUGCAAUGGGAGGAGGAGGCCACGGUGAACCGACUGCAGAGCAAUGAGGUGACGCUGACCCUGACUGUCCCCGAGUACAGCAACAAAAGGGUGUCCCGGCCAGUCCAGGUCUACUUUUAUGUCUCCAAUGGGCGGAGGAAACGCAGUCCUACCCAGAGUUUCAAGUUUCUGCCUGUGAUCUGCAAGGAGGAGCCCCUACCGGACUCAUCUCUUCGGGGCUUCCCUCCAGCAUCGGCACCCCCCUUUGGCACUGACAUGGACUUCUCACCACCCAAGCCCCCUUACCCCUCCUAUCCCCAUGAAGACCCCGCUUAUGAAACUCCUUACCUAUCAGAAGGCUUCAGCUAUGGCACGCCCCCUCUGUACCCCCAGACGGGGCCCCCACCAUCCUACAGACCGGGCCUGCGGAUGUUCCCUGAGACUAGGGGUACCACAGGUUGUGCCCACCCACCAUCAGUCUCCUUCCUUCCCCGCCCCUUCCCUAGUGACCCGUAUGGAGGGCGGGGCUCCUCUUUUCCCCUGGGGCUGCCAUUCUCUCCUCCAGCCCCCUUUCGGCCUCCUCUCCCUGCAUCCCCACCACUUGAAGGCCCCUUCCCUUCCCAGAGUGAUGUGCAUCCCCUACCUGCUGAGGGAUACAAUAAGGUAGGGCCAGGCUAUGGCCCUGGGGAGGGGGCUCCGGAGCAGGAGAAAUCCAGGGGUGGCUACAGCAGCGGCUUCCGAGACAGUGUCCCUAUCCAGGGUAUCACGCUGGAGGAAGUGAGUGAGAUCAUUGGCCGAGACCUGAGUGGCUUCCCUGCACCUCCUGGAGAAGAGCCUCCCGCCUGAACCACCUGAACUGUCAUCACCUGGCAACCCCAGCCCCGGCCUCAGCCCUGCCCCCUUCCCUCCUUCCUGGAGUGUGGCUACAGAAGCUUGGGGCCAACGCUGGCUCCUCUUUCGCCAGCUUCUGCCUGUUUCGCUGUCCUCCCUCCCCUCCCCCAGCUGUGGUGAGGCCCCCAGACCUGGUGCUGCCUUGGAGGGCUGGGGGAAGGAGCGUGGAGGAGGGGAGGAGAGUGGAGACUGAGGCUAGGUGCCAGAAUGGACUGGAGCUAAGGCGUGUCUAGAGUGUGGGCAAACUGGUGCUGGGAAGCUGGGGACAGCUUGAUGGUAAUAAACUGCUCACUGAUAAGUG